AACAACAGAGAGAGAGUAACAACCAGAACCAAAAAAAGAAAAAGGGUGAGGGAGAGGGAGGGAGAGAACUACAACAAUAACCAUCACCACCACCACCACCACCCCAUCAACAACAACAACAACAACAAAAGGAGGUAUGAGCAAUCUCCCACCAGGUUAUAGAUUUUACCCAACAGAAGAAGAGCUGGUGGGAUUCUACCUGCGUAACAAACUAGAGAACAGGAGAGACGACUUAGACCAUGUUAUUGCGGUUGUCAACAUCUUCUCUCUCGACCCUUGGCAGCUCCCAAGCAUUUCAGGUGAGCUGUGCGUCGGAGACAAUGAACAACGGUUUUUCUUCAGCCCAAUGCAAGAGAAAGAAGCCCACGGAGGGAGGCCGAACCGAAUCACACCGUCUGGCUACUGGAAAGCAACAGGCUCUCCCGGCUCCGUCUUCUCCUCCAACAACCAAGUCAUUGGCCUGAAGAAAACCAUGGUUUUCUAUGAAGGAAGAGCCCCCACAGGGAAGAAAACCAAAUGGAAGUUGAAUGAGUAUAGAGCCCUUGAAGAAGCAUCAUCUUCAAAUGCAGUUCCAAGGCUACGACAUGAAUAUAGCUUAUGCCGAGUAUACACCAAAUCGGGAAGCCCACGAUCAUUUGAUCGACGACCAACAGUCAAUACGACAAGUGGGACAACAUCGGAUAUUGAUUUACGCAUUAGAGAGGGUGCUAGUAAUAGCAAUUUAGGUGUAAUUUCUCAUGAAAAUCCUUCGAAGGUGGAGAGCCCCGAUAAUUCGUCAUCAGGUAACCAUGCUUCUCAUUCUCCCGCUGAAGAUUGUGUCAAUGACGACUGGAAGAAGAUUGGCAAUCUUGACAUUCUUUGGGAUUCGAUGGAUUGGGACUAAGGAAAUCUACUUCGAUUUCUUAUUCUUAUGGCCAUACAUCGUUCACAUGGGGCAUGUGUGUGUCAAUCCCGGGUGUCCAAUGUGUAGGGCCUAUUGUGAAUGGAACAUAGCCUGAAAAUGAAGGUAAUUGGAGAAUCAUAACCACCAAUUGGUAGAUAUCAAAUGGACGGUUAUGAAUAAAAUAUUCAAUGUCCAAAUUCAACAAGUGAAACUAGCUAGAUGGUUGAGAUUGUUCCGUUCUUUGGACUUUUAUGCUAUUCUCCCUCCUCAGUGGGGCUUAAAGAUUGAUUCGUUAUUGUUAUGCAUUUUGUAAUUGAAUUGCAGAAAAAAUAAAAAGUAAAAGAAAAGAUAAAUAAAGGGUAUAAUUCCCUUAGUAUUGCCAUUUUUAUUUUUAUUUUUCUCAUUU